AUGACGGGUCACGGCGGUCUGAAAUUGAAGAAUCGUAUUUCUUCUAAGAAGCCCACCUCUAAUAGAAGCCCACCCUCCGACGUGCUUAAAAACAUAGAAACGCAACUUCUGACAGAAAUCCGUGCAGUUCAGUUAGUGCAGUUCGUACAGUGCAGUUCAUUCACUCGGUUAUUGCCGAAAUUGUCUUUCUUUAAAAAAAAUAUUCCAGUGAUUUCAGUUUUUGGUAAUUUGUUGAGAAUGAGAAGGCCACAAAACUGCCAACUUCGAGCCCGUACAUCUCGCCCCCAUUGUUUUCAUUUGCCAAUCCACUUCUUCUUCUUCUUCUUCCGUCCCUUUUCUCCUCUGUUUUGA